AUGACAAAAAGGAAUUUCGCCGAGCAUAUCCCGGAAUGGGUACGAAUCCGUCCGCAUGUUGACAAAGAAUGGGGACCAUUCAUUCAGAACCUAGAAGGACAUUCAUCUAGAGUGGAUGCGCUCGCUAUUUCAACGGACGGCCAAUUACUGGCUUCUGGCUCAGUGGAUAAGACCAUCAGAAUCUGGGAUUUGAAAUCGGGGACUUGUCUUCAUACUCUGACACAGCACACUGGUUGGGUGGAUAGUGUAGCAUUUUGGAAUGGACAGAGAAAACGCAUUCUGGCCUCAGGUUCAGCUGACGGGACCAUCAGAAUUUGGGAUGUAGGGGAAGGACGGUGCAUCCGCACUUUGAGAAACAAUGGCUCAGCGGUAUGGUCGAUCGUAUUUUCCCCGCGGCAAGAUAAAUGUGUCCUUGCUUCAAGUGGGAUCUCUGAUGGCAAAAUCAAGAUCUGGGAUGUCAACGCAGGAAUUGUUAUGCAUACUCUGGCGGAGCAUUCUAGCAAUGUGAAGUCACUGGCGUUUUCACCAGCAAAAUCCGGUCGAUUAUUGGCAUCCGCCUCCUGGGACUCCACAAUCAGGAUCUGGGAUGCUGAUGAAAACACUGCCAUUCAAACUUUAACUUAUCAUAACGAUGAGGUAUGGGCUGGGACCUUUUCUUCCUCUGCCAAAAACCCAAUUCUGGCUUCAGGAUCCAAGCAGAAAUUGAAAAUUUGGAUAGUUGACCCCCUUACCUAUCACUGCACAUGCCUUCACACACUCAAGCUGGACAGUUGCCCCGUGUCACUGAGCUUCUCAGAGAAUGGGCAAUUGGCAUGCACAGACAAUAUUACCAUCAAAGUUUGGAAUGCACAGAAAGGUACUCACUCCGGAACAAUAUCUGGGCACUCUAGUCAGGUAACUUCCACGGUGUUCUCACUGGAUGGUCGAUUUGUGAUUGGAUCAACAAUCGUAGGUCUUAUCAGAGUUCUCGAAGCUGUCCAAUCCUCUUCAUCGUCGCCCGGAAAGUUUAUUGGAGAGCAGUUCUCUCUUCAAUGUCUGAGCAAUGGCUACGUUGCUGGCAGUGGCUUGAAUUUUAAGAUUCCGAUAUGGAAUAGUACAAGUCGACCGUCCGUAAGAACUAUUUCCGUUUCUGGCGAUGAUCAAGUACUCGCGCACUGUCCAAAAACGGGUUUCCUUGCUUCUGGGUCUUAUGAAGAGUCAAUCAAGAUCUGGGAUCCAGCUACAGGAGGUCUUCAGAACGAGAUUGAGAUUGAUGGCAGAGUUAGAGCCCUCUCGUAUUCUAACGAUGGCUUACGAUUGGCCGCGAUAACAUCAAGAGGAGGAAAAGCCUGGGGCACCUAA